UGGCCAGUGCGCAUGCCCCAAGCAAGCCGGGUGUCAUGUGUCAGCCUGCCAGCAGCUGUUCUGGGCUGUGAACUCUCUCAUCGAGAGUAAGACACCAAGAAUAACCCAAGAGGUGUUGCCACAGAUAUGCCACUGAGUCGGUACUGACCAGGUAGUGGGGAAAGACGCUGUUUUCACCCAGGCGUGCCGCGAGCUAACCAAGGCUGACAACAGACCAUCAGCUGCUAUAACGACGCACCUAACGGAUCAGCUGAGAUCCUGACGCGGUUCUAACUUGGUGCCGCUAGGAAGCAGUCGAAAAGCCGGACUGUCUCUCGAGUCUGUUGAGCUAACAAAGCUAAAGGCUAAGAGUCAGCCGGGACAUUCCCCGCUGAAGCGCUUGCUUUUGGAAGCCACAAUGCUCAUAGCAGCCUCCGCUGGGGCAACACGGACAAGCCCCGCCUCCGGAACCAAGAAGCACAGGCGUCGAGGCAAAAAGCACCGCAGAGUCCGCACUGAGGAGUCCCGUUCUGAUGACCUUUGUGACAGACUACAACCCCGGACACAGGAAGACCUCUCAGUCUUACCCUUCACUCCCAAAACAGACGCACCUUUACAAAGUACAAGUAGUGACACCAUAGUUGAAGCUCAAGAAGUAACCCCUCACACUGUGGAUACAUGCUUCCCUCACCUGGACCCCCCAACCCAAAAUUUAACACAUACCCCUUCAGAUCAGUGUUCUACAGAUGUUCUUCACAGCGCCAUCAUCCUCCCUCUUAUCCCCCUGACAGAGACACACCUCAGCCAGCCACUUUCUAUUACACAUCACAAGCCCACCCAAAACCAGCCACUUCCUAUUAUACCUGAGAGUACAGCCCACAGCCAGCCACUUCCUUUGCCAAUGCAGAGUCCCGCCCACAGCAAAUCACAUCCUGUUUCACCUCAUAGCAGGCAUUUAUUUUCCAUCCCCACUGAAAGCCCUUCCCACAGUCCAACACUUUUUGAUCCUGGUCAGAGCCCCACCCACAGCUAUUCACUUCCUGACCCAGAUCAGAAUCCCACCCACAGCCAAUCACAUCCUAUCCAAGGUCAGAAUCCAACCUGCAGCCAUCCGCUUCCUGUCCUGGCUCACAUUCCUUCCCAAAGCAAAUCACUUGCUGUCUCGCCUCAGAGAAGGCAUUUAUUGACUGUCUCAUCUCAGAACCCUGCCCAUAGCCAGUCACUUCCUGUUCCAUCUCGGAGCACCACCAACAGCCUGUUACUUGAUCUCCCGUCUCCUGGCCCCACCCACAGUCAUUCAUUUUCAAUGCCAUCUCAAAACCCUACCUACAGCCCUGCACAUCCUGUCGUAUCUCAGAUAUUUGCCCAGAACCAGUCACCUCCUAUCCCAUCUCAGAGUCACACUCAUAACACUAGCCAAUCACCAUCAAGUGUCAAGAAGGAAAUGUCAUAUGAUUUCAGCACAUGGAGUCAUUUAACAUUUGAAAAUUCUAAAUCUAGUCAUGCAACAGCCAAAACUACCACCCUGUGCACAGCUAAAGCCUCUACUACUCCUCCAGUAAGCUCUUCCCCCCUGAAUCCAUUACUGCCCACCUCUGUGAGCCUCACCACAACUGUCUCCUCCUUCCACCCUUACUCCCCACUGAUCUCUUCCUCUGCCACCUCCCUUCCAAACUUAAACUGUAACCCUUCAAAUUCCAUGAUAUCAUCAGUGCCAACGUGUGUGGUCACACCGUCACCUGCUCCUCUGAGCCCACCACCUGCAGAGUUAACCCUGCCCCCUUCUCAGCUUCUGGGCUCUGAUGAUGAAGAACAGGAAGAUCCAUCAGAUUACUGCAAAGGUGGUUACUACCCAGUCACCAUCGGAGACCUCUUUAACGGGAGGUACCAUGUGGUCCGCAAACUUGGCUGGGGACAUUUCUCUACCGUCUGGCUCUGCUGGGACCUGCAGAAGAAACGCUUUGUUGCAUUGAAAGUGGUGAAGAGCGCACUCCAUUACACAGAGACUGCUCUGGAUGAGAUCAAACUGCUCAGAUGUGUGAGGGACAGUGACCCAUCUGACCCCCACAGGGAGACAAUUGUCCAAUUAAUUGAUGACUUCAAGAUUUCUGGAGUCAAUGGCGUGCAUGUAUGUAUGGUUCUGGAGGUUCUUGGUCAUCAGCUGUUAAAAUGGAUCAUCAAGUCAAACUACAUGGGCCUUCCUCUGGUAUGUGUCAAGAGCAUUAUCAAACAGGUGCUACAGGGUGUGGACUACCUACACACGAAGUGUAAGAUUAUCCACACAGAUAUAAAACCAGAGAACAUCUUGCUGGACGUAGAUGAGGUCUACAUCAGGAGGCUCGCUGCUGAGGCCACUAUCUGGCAGAGAGCUGGAGCCCAGCCCCCUUCUGGCUCAUCAGUCAGCACAGCUCCCAGGGAUUUCCAGGUUGGGAAAAUGUCAAAAAACAAGAAGAAAAAAUUGAAGAGAAAAGCUAAGCGGCAAGAGAAACUGUUAGAGGAGAGACUCGUGGACAUUCAGAAAAUGGAUGAGGAAGAUGACACACACACUAACUGCCAGCCUAUCGUCAACGGCAACACUUCCUGCACUGCAACCAACGACAAAGUGAGCCCAAUUUCUUCUUGUUCUUUGUUGGAGUACAGUUGCAACGGCCACGGCCCCAGGCGAUUUUCCAGCCCCGCGUCCGUCGUCUCGGGGUUCUCCAGCUCAGUGAACUCAGCCACGUCAGAAUCAACACUAUCCACACAGUCAGGUUACUCCGGUGGACAAGACUUGGUUAGCGCGUCAGACUUCAUCCUCAGUCCUCUUGAGCCUCAAAAUGCCAACAAACUGCGAGUGAAGAUUGCUGAUUUGGGAAACGCCUGCUGGGUGCACAAGCAUUUCACUGAGGACAUUCAGACAAGACAGUACCGUGCCCUGGAGGUUCUGAUUGGAGCAGAGUAUGGACCGCCGGCUGACAUCUGGAGCGUUGCCUGCAUGGCGUUUGAGUUGGCCACGGGUGAUUAUUUAUUUGAACCUCAUUCUGGAGAAGUCUACACAAGAGAUGAAGAUCACAUUGCUCACAUCAUUGAGCUGCUGGGCCCCAUCCCUUUGCCAUUCGCCUUGUCUGGGAAAUACUCCAGAGAAUACUUCAACAGACGAGGUGACCUUCGCCACAUCUCCAGCCUGAAGCCGUGGGCUCUCUUCGAGGUCCUCUUGGAGAAAUACGAGUGGCCUCUCGACCAGGCCGCUCAGUUCAGCGACUUUCUGUCCGGCAUGUUAGAGAUGGAGCCGGAACGCAGGGCGACCGCCGCCGAGUGUCUGCAGCACGCUUGGCUUCAGCCAUGAGCGCUUGUGUGUGUGUGUGUGUGUGUGUGUGUGUGUGUGUGUGUGUGUGUGUGUGUGUGUGUGUGUCGUCACGAUGGCGUGAGUAAUGUUGAAAGUGGACUCUUUGCUUUAUGUCACUCAAUGGAAGGGAUACCACAACCGCAAACCAGGGUUAUUAUAGUUUGGGAAUUGUCAUUAUAGUUAAUAAUUUUUUUGGAGUUUUAUUUCAGUUUUAUUUUUUAUUUUUUGAAAAACACUUGUAGUUUAGUUUUGGUUAGUUUUAGUGUUAGUUUUCAUUUAUUUUUUAAAAAUGUGUAUUAUGUGCAAGGAAAAACAAAACUCGAUGUUAAAUAUUGUGUAGUGAAAGUUUAACAAUAUCAAAAAAAAACAUUAUAAAAGCAUACAGUGCAGGUACUGUAUAACAGUCCACAGACUUAAUCACAAUUAAUUGCAGUGCACAAUACCGCUUCUAAAGUUAGAUGGAUCACUAGGAUGCCUUGUUUGCCAGGUUGCCAACUUGUAUGACGUGUGGCUUGAAUUCCUAGUAAGUAUAAAACCCGAUUGUACAGUGUACCAUUUUUUUUUAUACUCUCUGUAUAUUUUUU